CUUCCUGCAAAGGGCCUUGCUGCUGCUCUUAGGGAAUAAUCCAGUCUGGAGAAGAUGGGGACACACCGCCUGACAUCCUGUUCCCAGGGAAGCAACCAGCCCCAAUGGGACAGGGGUGAUCCUGUGCUGUGGGACACAGUCUGGAGAGAACCGUUCUGCCAGCACCCCGCUGAGAGUGAGGACUCAGGGGGCAUCUCUUCUGAAGGGGGACAGAGUACAGAGAGCAUCCUUGCUGCAGAGCCACUGACCUCUGAGCACAGCUCCCCUGAGUUUGCUCCGCCCAGUCCCUGGACUCAGACCCCCGCCCUGGGGCCACCCUGGACUGAGAGAGCAACAGUAUUUGCUCCAAGCUCUUCACAGCGACAGGCUAACAAGCAUAUUCCCUGUGGAGUAGAGCUGCCCAAGUGUAAGCAAUGUGGGGGGGCCUUCCCAUGUGCUCGGCACUGUGAUGUGUCCACAGAUACCCCCAGUGCACAGGAUCCCUCUGACUGUCAGCGAGUUGGACACGCUUUGGGCCAGCUGUCAAAGUCGAGGGGCCGUAAGAAAGUCCAGACACGAAAGAAACGGCAUACAUGUUCGGAGUGUGGGAAGGCCUUCACUUACCCUUCAGAUCUUAAAAGGCACAUGAUUAUUCAUACUGGAAAGAAGCCUUAUAUGUGCCAGGAGUGUGGGAAAGCUUUUAUUCAAUCCUCAGACCUUAUUAAACACAGAAAAAUACAUACUAAAGAGAAACCUUAUGCAUAUAAGCAGUAUUUGAAGGCCUAUACUCAAUAUUUAAGCCUUACUAAUCACUGGAAUAUUCAUACUGGGCAGAAAUCUUAUGCAUGUGACGAUUGUGGAAAAACUUUUAUUAAAUUGUCAGUAUUUAUUCUGCAUAGGAGAGUUCAUACUGGAGAAAAACCUUACAUAUGUAAGGAAUGUGGAAAGACCUUCGCUCAUUCUUCAAGCCUUACUAGCCACUCAAAAAUUCAUACUGGAGAGAAACCUUAUGCAUGUAAGGAGUGUGGGAAGACCUUUACUUCCUCUUCAUCCCUUAACAUACAUAGGAAAAUUCACACAGGAUACAGGCCUUAUACAUGCCAGGAGUGCGGGAAGGCCUUCAUUCGAUCUGCGGACCUUAUUAAACACAGGAAAAUUCACACUGGAGAGAAACCAUAUGCAUGUAAACAAUGUGGGAAGUCCUUCACCGAAUCGGCAAGCCUGACUAGCCACUUGAAUAUUCAUACUGGACAGAAACCUUAUGAAUGUCAGGAGUGCGGGAAGGCCUUCGCUUUCCCCUCCUGCCUCCGUAAACAUAAGAAAAUUCAUUCUGGAGAGAAACCUUAUGUAUGCAAGCAAUGUGGGAAGGCCUUCACCGAGUCAUCAAGCCUUACUAGCCACUGGAAUAUUCAUACGGGAGAGAAACCUUAUGCAUGUAAGGAGUGUGGGAAGACCUUUGCUUCCCCCUCAUGCCUUCGGAAACACAGGAGAAGCCACUCUGGAGAGAAGCCUUACGUAUGCAUGCAAUGUGGGAAGGCCUUCUCUCAGUCUUCCAGACUUACUAGCCACUGGAAUGUUCACACUGGAGAGAAACCUUAUGAAUGUUCCGAGUGUGGCAAGGCUUUCACUUCCCCCUCGUGCCUUUGUAAACAUCGGAGAAUUCACUCUGGAGAGACACCCGAGAACAAGGUGACUUUCCACGAUGUGGCUGUGACCUUUUCCCCGGAGGAGUGGCCAUGCCUGGACCCCUUUCAGAGGAAGCUCUACAGAGAUGUGAUGCUGGAGACCUACCGGCACUUGCGGUCCGUAGGGCGUUGCGGGGUAAAGCCUGCGCUGAUCUCCUGGUUGGAAGGAAGAACCCUAAGGAAGCGGCGGAGACGCAUGUUUGCAGAACGCAGACCACAAGUCCAAGAUUUGACAUUUGAGCAAUUUACUUUGGGAACUGGAUCAUUCAAUAGGAGUGAGAUGGUAAGCAGCCAUCCCAAGCAGGAUGGGGUUGAUCCUGUGCUGUGGGACACAAUCUGGAGGAAACCAUCCUGCCCAAACCCCGAUGAGAGUGAGGACUCGGACAUCUGUUCUGGAGAAGGGCAGAGCGAAGAGAGGGUCCCUGCUGUGGAGUCGCCAUUCACUGGGGACAGCACCCCUGAGUCUGUUCGACCCGAUCCCCGGAUUCGAACUCCCACACUGGGGCUGCCUUUGGACAAGCGAGCAGCAGUGUUUGCUCCCAACCCCUCACAGCAACAGGCUCACAAGCACAUUCCCUGUGGAGUGGAGCCGCCCAAGUGUAGGCAAUGUGGGGGGCCCUUCCCGUGUGCUCAGCACCAUGAUAUGCCUUCAGACACCCCCAGUACACAGGAUCCCUCUGACUGUCAGCAAGAUAGACAAACUCUGAGUCAACCGUCACUCCAGACUGACCCUAAGAAAGUCCAGACACGAAAGAAACGUCAUAUAUGUGAGGAGUGUGGGAAGGCCUUCACUUACCCCUCACGCCUUAGUGUGCACAAGAAACUUCAUACAGGAGACAAGCCGUACACGUGUCAGGAGUGUGGGAAGGCCUUCGCUCGUUCCUCCUAUCUUUUUCUGCACAAGAAAAUUCACACAGGAGAGAAGCCUUAUUCGUGUCAGGAUUGUGGGAAGGCCUUCGCUCGAUCCUCCUAUCUUUUUGUCCACAAGAAAAUCCAUACUGGAGAGAAACCUCAUACAUGUCAGGAUUGUGGGGAGGCCUUCGCUUUCCGCUCACGCUUGAUUAGACACAGAAGUAUUCAUACAGGAGAGAAGCCGUAUACUUGUCAGGAAUGUGGGAAGGCCUUCGCUCAAAGCUCUGAUGUACGUGUUCACAAAAAAAUUCAUACUCGAGUGAAACCUUAUUUACCUAAGGAAUGUGAGAAUGCCUUCAUUGAAUUCUCACACCUAAUACACUCCUCAAACUUAACCUCCAGCCGGAAGCGGCGUGACGUCACAGCCUCCUUGUCGGUUUCUCGGGAACUUUUCCGCCCGAACCUGGCGCCCCGGGUCGGCCUUCAUCUCGGAGGAGUUUUGGAGCGGUUGCGGGAUCCAGGUGAGCGGCGGGGGCGCCCCGGGGCUCAGGACACAGUGACCUUCCCUGAUGUGGCUGUGAGAUUCUCCCCAGAGGAAUGGCCAUGCCUGGACACCUCUCAGAGGAAACUCUACAGAGACGUCAUGCUGGAGACCUACCAGCACCUACAGGCUGUGGGACAUUGCAGGGUGAAGCCUGCGCUGAUCUCCUGGUUAGAAGGCGGAGCCCUGGGGAGGCUGAAGAGAGGCGUGUUUGCAGAUUUCAACCCAAACCUUCAGCAGUGGGCAUUUCCACAUUUUAAUUUUGGAAAGCCAUCACCCAGACGGAGUGAAAAGAUGAGAUCUGGAAGCAGCCAGCCCCCGUGGGACAGGGGUGAUCCUGUGCUGUGGGACACAGUCUGGAGGGACCCAUCCUGCGUGCACCCCGAUGGGAGUGAGGAUCCGGGGGGCAUCUGUUCUGGAGGGGGGCAGAGUGAAGAGAGCAUCCUCCCUGCGCAGCUGCCAACCACUGGGCACAGCACCCUUGAGUCUGCUCUGCCCCAUCCCUGGACUCAGACCCCCACAGUGGGGCCAGCCUGGGCCAAGCAACCAAAAGUGUCUGCUCCAAGCUCCUCCCGGCGACAGGUUCGCAAACACAUUCCCCAGGGAGUGGAGCCAUCCAAGUGUAAGCAAUGUGGGGGGACCUUCCCAUGUUCUCAGCACCGUGAUGUGCCCUCAGACACACCCAAUACACACGAUCCCUCUGACUCUAAGCAAGGUGGACAAGCUCUGGGUCAACCAUCAUUCCGGACUGACCCUAAGAAUGUCCAGACACGAAAGAAACGUCAUAUAUGUGAGGAGUGUGGGAAGGCUUUCACUUACCCCUCAGAUCUUAACGUGCACAGAAAAAUUCAUACAGGAGAGAAACCGUACGCAUGUCAGGAGUGUGGGAAGGCCUUCAGUCAUUCCUCAAACCUUACUGUGCACAAAAAGACUCAUAAAACAGGCAGGCCUUAUUCAUGUCAGGCGUGUGGGAAGGUCUUCAGUUAUCUCUCUGAACUUACUGUGCACAAAAAAAUUCACACAGGAGAGAAGCCUUAUACAUGUCCGGAGUGCGGGAAGAUCUUCACUUACCCCUCCCACUUCAUUAGGCAUAGAAGAAUUCAUACCGGGGAGAAACCGUACGCAUGUCAGGAGUGUGGGAAGGCCUUCGCUUACUGCUCACACAUUUUCAUCCAUAUGAAAAUUCACACUGGAGAGAAACCCCAUGUAUGUGAUGAAUGCGGGAAGGCCUUCGUUUACUUCUCAAGCCUGUCUAUGCACAGGAAAAUGCAUACUGGAGAAAAACCUUAUGCAUGUAAGGUGUGUGGGAAGGCCUUCACUUUCUCCUCAAGCCUUACAAGGCAUAAGAAAGUUCAUACGGGAGAGAAACCUUAUAUGUGUCCAGAGUGUGGGAAGGCCUUUGCAGACACCUCACUCCUUACAAGACAUAGGAAAAUCCAUACUGGGGAGAAACCUUAUACCUGUAAGGAAUGUGGGAAGACCUUCACUCAGUCUUCAAACCUGAGUAUACAUAGGAAAAUUCAUACCGGAGAGAAACGUUAUUCGUGUAAGGAGUGCGGGAAGGCCUUCACUCGCUCCUCACACCUGAUUGUGCAUAGCAGGAUUCAUACCGGGGAGAAGCCUUAUAUAUGUCAGGAGUGUGGCAAGGCCUUCAGUGGGUCCUCAAACCUUAUUAUGCACAGAAAAAUUCAUACCGGAGAGAGACCUUAUGUAUGUAAGGAGUGCGGGAAGGCCUUCGCUUACUCCUCAUGUCUAACCAAGCAUAAGAAAAUUCACACGUGAGAGAAAUUGUGUAGAAGGAAGGAGUGUGGGAAGGCCUUUGCUCACUCCUCACUCUUUAUGGGAUAUUGGAAAAUUCUUUCUGGAGAGAAACCUUAGGAUUGUGAAGAAUGUGGUUAGAUCUUUGCUUAUUCUUCACGUCUUAUUAUUCAGAAGAGAAAUAUUAGAGAGAGACCUUAUAUAUGUGAGGAAUAUGGGAAGGCUUCUUCAUUAAGUCCUCAAUCCUAG